AUGCCCGGACUAGAUCCUGACCUAGUCUCCCACUAUCUUGAUGUGUUCCCAAACUCCAAGCCAAUUAAGCAAGCUGCUCGAAAAUAUCAUCCAGAUCUCGAAGAGAAAAUUAAGGAGGAGAUUGAAAAACUUCAACAGGCUGAUUAUGUUGAUGAUCUAGUGGUGAAAUCCAAGAAAGAAGAAGACCAUCUCCGAGACCUUGAGAAGAUUCAGAUUGUUACUAGAAGUGAUCCAAUCCGAUACCUCCUCAGCAAGCCUGCUCUAACCGGGAAGGUGGCAAGAUGGUUGUUAGCAUUGGGUGAAUUCGAGAUCACAUGUGUAGCCCCCAAGGCGAUCAAAAGCCAAGCCUUAGCUGAUCUCCUUGCCCAAUUUCCAAGUGGUGACUAUGAACCAGUGAAUGAAGAAUUAAGAGGAGAGGUGCACGCAGCUAUGGCUUCCGAGGAAAGCUUCUGGACAUUGAGCUUUGACGGAGCAGCAGCCGGAGGUAAAGGAGGAACCGGGAUAGUCCUUACAAGCAAAAGUGGAGAAAAGUUAUAUUUGUCUUAUAAACUGGAUUUCCAUUGUUCGAAUAAUGAAGCCGAGUAUGAGGCUCUUAUUUUGGGCUUGAUAGCAGUUGAGAAGCACAAUAUCAAGAAGAUUCGAAUUCGGGGGGACUCAAAGCUGAUAGUGAAGCAAGUUUCAGGACAGUUCGUCUUGAAGGAGCCUGCCUUGGUCACAUAUCGAACAACAAUCCAAAGGCUUCUUGACAAAUUUCAAAAGGUCGAAAUAGAGCAUGUGCCUCGCUCCGACAACAAGUUUUCAGAUGCCCUCGUAACAUUAGGAGCAAGAGUUGACAUUCCAGAGGAAAAGGCGACAAUUGUUAUCAAGAAGAGAACAAAACCUUCAAUAAUUCUCGAAAACAAAGACCUUCGGGAGGACUAG